AUGGUUUUGAUGUAUGUUGGGCUGCUCCUGAUAGCAGGCCUAUUCACAAACAUUUGUAGUUCUGCUGAAGAUUUAGAAAAAGGAAUCUGCGAUCGGUACUCAAUUAUUCCACAGUGCUGUACAGAUUUUGUUUACAACGAUACUUUAAAUCAGUGCAUUGCUUGUGUCGGAAGAUUUGGUACAAAUUGCAGUCAAAGUUGUCCCCAGGGGUACUAUGGAAUACGGUGUAGUCAAACCUGUUCCUGUAAUAUCACCCUGUGUGAUAAUGUGUUAGGAUGUUCGGAAGCUGCAUCGGAUUUGGACGAAAACGGGAGAUCAUCGUUAGGACUGUUUCAACAGCUUGCGUUGUCUGGUCUAGCAAUCGUCAUAUUUGUGCUGAUGAUAAUAAUUUUGAGAGUUAUUUACGGUUGCAGAUUGCAAUCAAACACCAGGAUCAAAUUUGGUGAUGGCAAUAGUACACGAAAUGAAAUGAGUUAUGAGGGCAUGAUGACCAGUUCCUUGGUUAGAUACUCUGAUGUUGGUCACCCAAUGAAGCCACCAGAACUAGUUGUAGAACCCAAUGACGUAAUAUACGUAAAUACGAUGAUGCUUCAAAAAUUAAAUAACAAAAGAGGACAGGAUUGA